AUGAAAGAUGUCUCAGAGAUCAUGAGGAAGCAGGCAACCCUUAACAUAGGAACCAUUGGGCAUGUUGCACAUGGGAAAUCCACCAUUGUAAAGGCAAUAAGUGGAAUAAGCACAAUAAAGUUCAAAGCAGAGCUUGAGCGCAACAUCACUAUAAAGCUAGGAUAUGCCAAUGCCAAGAUAUACAAGUGUGAUUCGAAGUGUGUCAGGCCUAACUGCUACCAAUCUUUUGGAAGCUCAAGCCCAGAUCAGCUUCCGUGUAAAAAGUGUGGAGGCACCUUGAAGCUUGUCAGGCAUGUUUCUUUUGUAGACUGCCCUGGGCAUGAUGUUCUGAUGGCAACGAUGCUGAAUGGGACUGCGAUUAUGGAUUCUGUGCUGCUCCUGAUAGCAGCCAACGAGCCUUGCCCGCAACCCCAGACCACGGAACACUUGUUUGCAGUGGAGAUAAUGGACCUCAAGAAGGUUCUAGUUGUACAGAAUAAGAUUGAUCUUGUUUCGAGGGAGCAAGCUCUGGAGCAGCACGAUCAGAUCCAGAAGUUUCUAAAGACAUCAAAUGUCUCUGGCCCAGUGAUCCCAACCGCAGCCCAGAUCGGGGUGAACAUCCCUGCUCUUCUGGACUUUAUUGUCAACUACAUUCCAGAGCCUUCCAGGGAUUCUGCAGCACAUCCGAAAAUGGUUGUCAUCAGAAGCUUCGAUGUCAACAGACCGGGAACCAAAGUGAGCGAGAUGACCGGAGGUGUCAUUGGAGGAAGCCUUGUCACUGGAAUGCUAAGGAUUGGAGACAAGAUCGAAAUAAGGCCAGGGCUUGUGAUGAAGAAGAACAACAAGUUUGUAUGCAGGCCCUUUGUUUCUGAGAUUGUUUCUCUGAAGGCAGAGAGCACUGAUCUGGAGGAGGCCUAUCCUGGAGGGCUGAUAGGUGUCGGGACAACGAUGGACCCCUCGUUUUGUAAGGCGGACAAGCUGGUUGGGCAGGUGAUGGGGAAGCUGGGGUUUCUGCCGUCAAUAUUUUACAAAAUAACUGUCGAGUACAGUCUCUUUCCAAAGACAACUGUGCAGGGGAAUCACAAGCUGAAGGAAGGCGAGCAUGUGCUGCUGAAUAUAGGAAGCACAACAACGGGAAGUGUGAUAGUAAGCAUGGGCGAGACAAGAGCAGAGUUUGAUCUUGUGAAGCCUGCAUGCUGUGAAGUUGGAGAGAGGAUAGCAAUAUCAAGAAAGAUCAACAAUCACUGGAGGUUGAUAGGACAUGGGGAGAUCAAGGACGGAAUGUGUGUUGAGCCAGAAUACAGUGUCUAA